AGCUUCGGAGGAGCUGUCCCCCAGUUUCGGUGCUGGAACGGCCGGAAGGUGUGGGAAUUCAGGAAAAAAAAACACAAGAGAAUUCGGUAUCAGAAGAAAAAAAGAGAAAAAUGUCGCCGUUCCCUUCUUAGCCCAGGGUUGGCGUCAGCGGUUGAACCUUCAUAACUUGUACCCGACAUUGAGAAGAUUUUUUUUUCGAAAAGCAUCUGUACACAUCCACUGACUGAUGAUGGUUGCCGCUUCUGGAAUUUAAUGCGGGCUUGGCAAUCUCAUGCUUGGGAUCGCACCGUGUAAAUGCCUUAAAUGCCCACUGUAGGGGCACCCGGGAUUGCCAAUGUGAUGCAUCUAAACAAGAGGCAUAUCAGUGCUGUACGAUGGGUAAUAAGCAGACGAUAUUUACUGAUGAACAACUAGACGCCUAUCAGGACUGCACAUUUUUUACCCGCAAAGAGAUCCUUCGGUUGCAUGGUAGAUACCACGAGAUGGCCCCACACAUAGUGCCAAUGGACUAUACGAACGAGCCAGACGUCAAAAUUCCAAUUCAACUCAUAACAAACAUGCCCGAGCUAAAGGAGAAUCCAUUCAAGGAACAAAUAGUGAAGACCUUUUCGGAGGAUGGUGCUGGGAAUCUGAGCUUUAAUGACUUUGUGGACAUGUUCUCGGUGCUUAGUGAAAUGGCUCCCAGAGAGCUCAAAGCUAUCUAUGCCUUCAAAAUCUAUGAUUUCAACACGGACAAUUUCAUCUGCAAAUCUGACCUGGAGAAGACUCUCAAUAAGCUGACCCGGGAGGAGCUCGCACCCGAAGAGGUGACCCUGGUCUGUGAGAAAGUGAUCGAAGAAGCUGAUUUGGAUGGUGAUGGGAAGCUUAACUACCCGGAUUUUGAGAAUAUGAUUGGCAAAGCACCCGAUUUCCUCAGCACUUUCCACAUUCGUAUCUGAAGGCAGGCAAUGAGAUGGCUACGUGGGAAAUCGAGACUGGCUUGCCCCUGAUUCCAUGACCUUUUGGACCCUUUGAUUGGAUUUGGAGCCCAUUUGGCUGAAGACAUGAAGUCUCUGCUUCUCGUCUGUACGACUGGGCAAUGGGCUUCCUGAAUUGUUGGUGAACAGAGAGCCAGGCACAGUCAGCUCUCAGUGAUUUGACUUUUGAAGGCCUUUGGAACCAGUGUUCACGAUUCUAUACCUGGGCGUGGCUAUUCCAGAGCAUCUAGCAACCUCCUGUCUCUUAUACCUUUCAGAACUUUCUACUGGAGGCCAAGGCAGAUAAUGAAAGUGAAAGGUUCAGUUUAUACACACAGGAAGCACAGGAAAACUUACUAGGGCUAAAACCUCUUUAAACAUCAGUAUUUUCUAUCAGGACAGGCAAAGGCGCUUUAUCAAGGUAGUACAGAAAUAUUUCUAUGGUGGUUUUGUAAUUGCUUGCUGUCUGAUGUAUUAAUGACAACUCAAGGUUGAUUUCUUGAUUUGGAGAGACACAUUCGCCUCAUUCCUCCUGGAAGACACCGGUUACCAGUGCGAUCAUGGACAGACUCUGCAAGCUCCCUGGACCUUUUGAUUAUGUACAUGCCUCCCCUGAGAAAGCCAUCAGCGCUCGAGAACAAAAGCAACUCUUUGUGAAAUCACAGUGUCGUUGUUUGAGGGUCAAUUUGCCUCGAUGUUUGCAGACUAGGAGUGGAUGGGGUUGAACUGGUGAAACAGUGAGCAAGGAGACACCGAAGACCAUUUCCUGACCAGCUAUGCAAUCUUCAGCAUCAAACUGCAUGAACUUUUCCUUCUUCCCCACCCCCUCUUGCUGCCCCUAUUGUUUUUAUAUCCUGGUAUCUGAUUACUGGUGCACAAUGACAAUCAUGAGACUGUGAUACAGUCCAGUAGAAGGGCUCUGCUACUAAACUGCUUGGAUUUAUCUGCCUCUGGGAUCUCCCCAUGUAUUGCUUAAUUGUUCCAAACUUCACACCUCCUCCUUUUUAAAAUGAUUGUGCUGUUUGUUUGUUGUCCACGGAUAUCUCCUUUUCCAGUCUCCUGGCUCAGUGAGAGCCUCAGGAUAUAUUUUGAAGAGAUGGCUUUUGUGUUGCUUG